CUAAUAUCAAUCGAUCAAGAGACCUUCGCCAUGCGGGUUUUAUCGAAAAAUAUUACGAAGUCCGGCGCCUUGAUAACUAUGAUCGCUCAGACGACUGAGGACAUCUGGCACAUGUAUAAUUUGGUUUCUAUUAAUGACCAUAUAAGAACACAAACAAUAAGAAAAAUUCAAAAAGAUUCAACUAUAGGGGUUCCGGACUCUGAGAGAAAGGUGCUUACCUUGUCUAUAUGCGUAAAGAAAAUUGACUUCGACCCGACGGACUGUACGCUACGUCUUAGCGGACAAGUCUCACAGGAAAAUAAAUGGGUAAAACUGGGAUCCUAUCACACGCUGGAAAUACCCCUUUUGAAAAAGCUCGUACUCUAUAAACAUACAUGGAACCAGGUCUCACUUUUACGCCUCGAAGAGGCAGCUAACGAAAGUAAGAAAUACCAAGUGGUGGUUGUUAUUAUGCAAGAAGGACUAGCUAACAUAUGCGUUAUCACUGAGUUUAUGACAAUAACUAAAGCUCGCAUUACACUAUCUAUUCCUAGAAAAAACAAGUCUUCCCAUUCCCUUCGAGCUAAAGCAAUAGAAAACUUUUUUAGCGCAAUUUAUGACGCCCUGAUUAAAAACACUGACCUAGACCAGGUUAAGGUAGUUAUUAUAGCGAGCCCAGGAUUCAUCAAAGAUGAAUUUUAUAAGUUUUUGUUGGCGUACGGUGAACAUACCCAAGACAAAGUGAUAAGUAGAAACCAGCAAAAAUUUCUCCUUCUCCAUUCAAAUUCCGGGCACCGCCAUGCACUGAAUGAACUACUUACUGACAAAUCGGUUAUGUCUUUACUUAAUGAUAUGAAGGCAGUCGAAGAGGUAACAAUUUUACAAAGAUUUUUGACAAUAAUGAAGAAAGAGCCGGAUCGCUGUUUAUAUGGAAGGAAGCACGUGCAAUUGGCUCUCAAAAAUAAUGCUAUCUCACAUUUGCUAUUGUCUGAUGAUCUUCUUAGAGCGAAAAGCAUUGCACUGAGAAAAGAAUACGCCUCUAUUGUAGAAAGAGUAAAGGCCAAUGGUGGAAACGUACAUAUAUUUUCAACCAUGCACGUUUCAGGAGAGCAGCUUUCGCGGCUGACUGGAAUCGCGGCCAUCCUUUACUUCCCUCUAUAUAACCUUGACGAUCAGCUUGAGGAAAGCGAUAUCGAAGAAAAACAGGAAAUUGACUCAGAAGAAGAAGGAUGCUACAACUUAAACGAGCACCCCAUCGUUUUAGGAUUAGAUGAAGUUGAAGAUGAGUGAUGUCGUAUGAAAGCUAUUUAAAUAAAACGUAUCUGCGUUGUCACGAAAUGCUUUAGAUAAAUGGUUUGCAUAAAGUGAUGCAUACAACAUUUGUACAGCGCGUGUUUCUAUCGAAUGGGAUUAAUGUCUGUACGGUAGUGCCGAACUGGAUCGAAGACAGACAGUUAUUACGCUAAACAACUGGAUGAAAAAAGGAGUGGGCGAUACUUUUAUAAAACAGAAAUCUCGUUCUGACUUUAAACAACUGCUUGCCGAGCGUCUGUAUUUUGCAGAAAAACUCACAAGAAUUGAGGUAUGUAAAUACGGUUGUUUAGAUGAGACCGAAUAUUAAACAAAAACAGAACGGCUACUUUGUUCUAGAUUUACAGAAAUGCUGCCUAAUAAAGCCAAAUAGUGCACCAGAAUUUGCGUUGUUUAA